AUGAGCACACCAGCGGCGAGCAGGCACCGCGCUGGCCGAGGCAUGCCAGGAAUGCACCUCUUCCCGCGAACAUGCCUCCCAGCCACACGUUCCCCAGCAAUGGCAUUUCCUCUCUGGCAAUCUCGCCCUUGGGGGUUACCUUUGCUCCGAGCUGGGGAGCAGCAGCGUCGAGGCUGGAUUGCAAAGACAGGCCGCCCCCUUCCUCUCCCCACACCGAGCGCCUGGCUCGCUCGGUUCUGGCUGCCCGGCCCAGCCUCGCUGGCAGCCUCUGCUCUGGCACCAGGCGGACGCGGAGAGCCGCCGGCGUCGCCUCCUGGCGCUCCUUCCUCGUGGCUGGGGAAACUGAGGUGCAGGAGCAGCAAAGUGAAGUGCGUCAGCCGCGGCGGGCAGGGGCUGCGGGCGCGCCGGAAAGCCGCGGCCGCCCCAGAGGGCGACGCUGGAGGACCGCAGUUUCCUCCCGCCGGUGACGGGAGCCGCUGGCGGUUUCCAGAGUGGCGGCUGAGUCGCCUGGGUGCUGCAGAAAGUUCACCUGCUGCUUAACCAACCCAGGCUCCCGGCCCCGCUGCACCCACGGUGACAGCUCAGGAUGGCACCUCUCCCAGGCGGGCGUACGGCCCGGCAGUGCACGGGAGGAGCAGACUGCUCAGGUUAUUACGCAAAAGAGCGGGUUUUUCCCCAGCUCCCGCUGCGGGGCCACAGCAGAGCCCAGCCUUGCUGCGGUCAUCCCCGGAGAGAUGAGCCCGAGGGGUGGCUUAGGGCGACCCGCGUACCGCGGCGUGGAGCCCUUGGCAGAGCAGGGAUGCCGAGGCACGGCGCGGCCGAGGGCUGGAGCAGCGCUCGUGCCCCUGGGGAUACGCAAGGGGAGCCGCAGCCAGCCCGUGCCCCGGCUGCGCUCGCAUGGAGCAGCCCUCCGGCUCCUCUCCCCCUUUCCCUUUUCUCCCUCCCCUCCUUUUUUUCCGUCCGCGCGUCCAGGGCUGGCGGGCGCUGCAGCGCGCUGCUGCGAGUGGAAAGCUCUCCACCGGCUCUUCUCCCGCUGCGGCAGAUCAGACAAGCGCUUGGCAGGUUUUCCUCGGAAACUCGUCUGAAGUCGGUGAGGCCCGAUCGGGUACCACGAGGCUCCCGAACCCAAAUAAAGGCAAACGGGGCCACGGCAGUUGCUGGUCACGCGGGCUGGCGUGCAGCUUGCAGUAGGCAGCAUGUAUCGACUGAAGAAAUCUCACCAACGGGAGGGACGGAGGGGAAACGUUCUCCCCCCACCCUGUCCCCUGCAGAUCGCAAACGAUGCAGACCAGCCUCUGGGCUACUAGUAGCCAGUCCCUAGCCCAAUGCACCGGGCGACGCCGCGCUCUGCCGGCAGCCAGCCUGCCCCUUGCUCCGUGCAUGGGGCUUGUGGGCAGCCGGGAGCUCCCGGAUUUGCAGAGGCCUCUGCCUGGAGCAGGUAGCGGCUCCAGGUUUGACUCCUGGCUGAGCGCUCAAGACCAGGAGCUGUGGUGCUUAAAAGUGCCAGGGAUUUUAUUUACCCUUCCCUCAGAUCAGAGCGCCCCACAGCUAUAUUCCACGCCGGCCUCUUUUGUUGCUUUGGAGCUGAGAUCGGUGCCUGGAGCUGCCGAGCACCCGGCGCUCGCAACAGCUCCUUGCAACACCCCAGUUUCCAUCAUCGCAGCGCCGCUGGGAAGCACCCGCCGGGGGGACAGGCAAGGACAGGUUUCCCUCCUGCCUUUCCCACCUCUAAGGAAAUCAAAUGCCAAAAGGAAAACCAGAAACACAGCACUGGGGGCCCUGUGACUCUGAGAUCCGCUCGGAGUCGGCUUGGUGCAGCCAGAGCGUCCCCACGGAGCGGAUGCAGCCGGCAGCGGCAGUGACUUACGGUGAAGAGGUUUGGUCGAGCCAGUGCCUUCCCUGGUCCCUCAAAUUCCCCUCUGUCCUGCUAAUUGCUCUGGAUUAACAUUUUGCAGCCGUAGCACCCCCAGCUCGGCAGAGCGAGCGAGCAGGGCUGCGUGGUUCCGGUCAACGGCGCCCGGGCACGCACCCGCUCUGGCCCGUAUGGCCAGGAGAUCAGGGAUGCUGCUCGGGAUGCAGGUUGCCCCAGCAACAGUUGCUAUAGAAAACACACAGCCGCGAAAUUUCCAGGCACGUUCAAGAGUCCGUCACUGUCAUCCGGAGAGGCCCCGGCAUGCCGGCGAAGCAGGCAGGGGCAGUCGCCUUGCUCGUGGGAAAGCAGGAGAGGGAGCGUCGCUGCCUGACCCACCUUUGCCCUGCCUUCUCCCUGGCCCCGGGCAGGGGAAGGUGCUGGGAGGACCCCAAAAGCGGGCGGUGGGGGGACAGUGUCGUGUCCUGCCGGGCUCCCUGGAGCAGCCGUGGGAGCAAGGCGUGGAGACCCGGCUCCCCUCCGCGUACCCUCCGUUAAAGGAGGCGGUGGUGGCUGCGGAUCAAAACCGGCCCCUUCAGCCCGGCGUCGCGACGGGCCCCCAGCCCCGCUCCAAGCUCUCGGCACCGCAGAAGGCGAAGCAGAUCGUGGCCGGCGCUGCCCGGCGGCCGCCGACAGCUCAAGCUGCCGGCAGGCGAUGGCUUCGCCAGCAGCGGCUCCGGCACGCAGCCUCCCCCCAAACCUGGCGGUGGGAAAGCUGCCUCCGGACUCCCGCAGCGGCAAUGGGAUUACACGGGGCUGAGUCUCCGAGCGCUGAACGGAGAAAUAAAUCCUGUAAGGCAGUAUGGGAUUUAUUAGACUUCAAUAUUCUGGAAAUAAUGAGGACGUUUCUCCUGACUUGUAACAUCACGGGACCCAACAGGAUCACAACACGGAUUUAUCCCGAUGCCUUUCCGAGGCAUUGGGUUUAACAGGACGGGGCUGGCGGUGGCCAUGGCUCAGAGGAGGGACCGCAGCCGCGGGGCCCGCGGGGCUCUGCCCUCCGGCGCCAUGUGGGAUCAGGCUGGAGCUAGCGUAAUGGAGAGACCAGGGGACCAAGGCGCCCCGGCCGGGCGAGGGGCUCUCCUGUCCCCUGCCGGCAGCUCGGGCCCCCGCGAUGCCGACGGCUGCUGGGUACUGGCCCUCCCCUUCGUGGGAAGGCGGGUGGGUGACGGAAAUAGCCAGCGGAGCGGGUUGGGGUUUUUUAUUUUCCUAAGCAGCUGAGGCCCUGUUUUCUGGAGACCUGUAAAUCACUCCGCGUCUUCAGGAAAGAGAGGCAAGAAAUCCAUGAUCCAAGCAAGAAAAAACGCAGGCCGCUCGGGAGCGCAGGCAGAGGGAGCCAGGAACGAAGCGAAGGCUGGAAGUGGCGCGCUGAACCCGUCGAGCUUACAGGGCCGGGAGCGGGCGCCCACCGGCCCCGCGCACGCACACGUGCACGCGUGCUGCCCGGCGUGCGGGCCCGGGCAGCAGGCGCCCGGAGCGGCCGUCGCGCUCCAGCCGAACGCCUCCGCAGCCGCGAUUCGGGCGCUCGGCCCGCGCCUCCCGCCUGAGCCGGCCGCAACGCUCCCUAUGUGCCCCCAAGCCAGCGGAUCGCGGGAAGCUUCGCUGCCGGCCGCCGCUUUCCCGAGGACGCACCUCUUCUCGCAGCCCCCUCCCGCCGCCUCCGCCGGGUGACGGGAG